CCCCCCCCCCCCUACCCGGUUUCUACACCGUCUCUGCUCCUCCUGCUCCUCCAGAAGGGGGUUCGCGCUGCACUCCGUCGUCACGUCUCUCGCUGUGGUUCGGUUCUCCGGUGGUCGGUGUUGUCCCGGUGUUGUCCCGGUGUUGUCCCGGUGGUGUCCCGGUGUCCCGGUGGUGUCAGUGAGCUGCGCUGUUGCUCCUGUCGCGUCGCGUCUCUGCAGCAAACCGAGCUGGAGAUGGUCCCGGUCCUGACUCACCGGAGGCGUUCAACGGUUGGACUCAUCACAGGGUCACACACCCAGAAGACUUCCUCCUCCUGCCUGGCGACAGCCCGCGAGCAUCUCACCGGCAUGAAGACGGCAGGGAAACCUACACCGUAGUCCUGAGAGUGUGAGAGAGAGAGAGAGAGAGAGAGAGAGAGAGAGAGAGAGAGAGAGAGAGUGAGAGAGAGAGUGUGUGUGUCAAGUGGAGAGUUAGGAGGAGGACCGGACCCGUUUCAAGUCAGCAAAACCGAGCCAGCUGCUGCGUAUGCGUGCGUCAGGGAUAAGCAGUCCAGUGUGUGUGUGAGUGUGUGUGUGUGUGUGUGUGUGUGAGGGGCUGGGUGGACCAGGCUAUGAGUCUCAGAGGGAGAGGCAUAAAGGAGCCGACCAGGAGCAUCUGAGGGAGCAGCGAUGGGGCUCGGACAGUCCAGCAAGGCGGCGGUCAGCGAGGACACGGACGAGGUGAACUUCGACCACUUCCAGAUCCUCAGGGCCAUCGGGAAGGGAAGCUUCGGGAAAGUGUGCAUCGUGCAGAAGAAGGACACCAAGAAGAUGUACGCCAUGAAGUACAUGAACAAGCUGAAGUGUGUGGAGAGGAACGAGGUGAGGAACGUCCUGAAGGAGCAGCAGAUCAUGCAGAACCUGGAGCAUCCGUUCCUGGUCAACUUCUGGUACUCGUUCCAGGACGAGGAGGACAUGUUCAUGGUGGUGGACCUGCUGCUGGGGGGAGACCUGCGCUACCACCUGCAGCAGAACGUCCACUUCUCAGAGAGCACCGUGCGGCUGUACGUCUGCGAGCUGGCGCUGGCGCUGGGGUACCUGCGCAGCAAGCGCAUCCUGCACAGCUGAGCAUCAGGGAGUUCCUCUGUGAGGACGGCCACCUCCAGGCUGGGUUUGGGAAGCCAGAAGCUCGACUCAG